UUUCUAAGGGUUUAUAUCAGGAAGCAAAGAUGAAGACUGAUCAGAUAAAGUACUUCUUUUCAAUUCCAGAGCAUACCGCUGAAAACCCACAUAGCUCUCAAAGCUGAAGCUUCCUGGACAUCUCCCAGUUUCUCCAGAGCUGCAACAAUAAUCUGCCUGUCCCGAGGUGAUAUAAUUGUGGAGAGGGGGGUUGGGGUGGGGAAAAAGAUUAAGUGGCAUCAAAAUGGGAGUAACAGUCCAAAACAUAACAGGAAGUACAGCAAGGGUAAUAUGGCCAAAAAUGGCCAGUUGUGCUGACAGCUUUUACAGUAUUAUGUAUCACCCCAACUGGAAUAAUGUGCUGUCAGGUUAUUCCCGAAAAAGUUUUCAGAAAGAAGAGCGAGUACCUGCUAGUCGGUCUUCAUUUGUCAUUGAAAACCUAACUCCACUAACCACAUACAUACUAUGUGUAACCUGUCAAUCUGCAAACCCAUCCAGUGACCAGUGCAAAAUUUUUCACACGCUAAAACAAGAUGCAGCAUCUGCCAGCAACAAAAAAAAAGAUCUGGCACUGGGCAUCUGGCUAACAAGCAGUAUUCUGCUUCUCAUCAUUGCUGGCAUCUUCCUCUAUGGCUGCCUACAUAUAUGGUGUCGCAAGAGACGAGCACGCUUAGAAGAACAAAACAGGAAUUCAGAACAAGAGAAAGGCAAAGUCUGGUUCAAAAACAAGUCUCACACCUCAGAGGAGUUCAACAGGGCCAGCCAACCACUUCAAGAGGACGAAAAUAUAAAUGCAGAUUUUGUCCAGCUGGCUACAGUCAGUGAAAAUCCUUUAACUUCUAAGGAUGUGCCUAUCAUGCCAACUUCCACAAGCCAGGAAUUAGUGCCAACGUCUGUACAGACAACCACCAUAAAUUAGACGUCCUUAAUUAGUGAAGACCACUGCAAAGAUCAGCUGUAUACAAUAACUGAAAUAUUUUAACCUACAGAGUUCUGAUCUUUUAAGCUUGUACUUCAAAUAUUUUAGUACCUGCUGGGGCCCUCUCAUCUGCAUUCUUUAUCAUAGCUGGCAUUUUCACCAUCCCACACACAGCUAAAAGUUCUCAAUGGUAAGGUUUAGACUACCAAG